AUGCGCAAGAAGAAACAACUGUCGUCCAAGAUCCCUCGCGCCAGCCCCCCGCUUUGGAGAACACGGUGGCAGCAAGAGACAACGUGGGUCUUCUCUGGCGUCGCAUUCCAGCACCACCCCGACCGGCAGCACCGAUCCCGGGCGGCAGGCGGUGUGCCGAGGACAAGGCCCGACGACAUGGCAGCGAGCGCACUUGGGUGUGCGGCGCUAGCGCUCCUGCUGCUGGCUUUGGGUCGGUUGGAGCUGGCGGAGGGGUGCAGCUGUAACCCCACCCAUCCACAGGAGCAGUUCUGCAGCUCCGACGUAGUUAUACGUGCAAAAAUUAUUGGGGAGAAGGUUGUGUCUCCCAGCAACAAUUCUUCACCCCACAUGAAGAUGAUCCAGUAUGAAGUCAAACUGAUGAAGAUGUUCAAGGGCUUUGAGAAGGUAAGGGACAUCCAGUACAUCUACACGCCUUUCUAUUCCUCCCUCUGCGGGAUCAAGCUGAACUCCAAAAACAAGGUUCAAUACCUGAUCUUUGCCAACAUACUAAGUGAUGGGAAGAUAUCUGUUGAGCUUUGCAACCUUGUGGAGCCCUGGAAGCACCUAACCAUGUCCCAGAAGAAAAACCUCAACUACAGAUACCACAUGGGCUGCUCCUGCAAAAUUUCAACAUGCCAUACCCUGCCCUGCACCACCAGUCUGGAGAAGGAAUGCCUGUGGACAGACUGGCUGCUGGACGACAACCUGACUGGAGAUCAAGCCCGUAAUUUUGCUUGCAUGAAGCGCAAUGAUGGCUCCUGCAGCUGGUACAGGGGGGCCCCACUUCUUGGCAAAAACUUCCUGGACCUGAACGACCCCUAAAAGGGAAAUAAGUGGGUGGGUUUAUGGGAGGAUGGAUACAUGGUGGCUUCGCCAUUCAGCUGACAGAGGUGUAGUGUGGCCCUCUACCCAGCAGGACUUCUGCUAUGAUUGGAAAGAUCUUCCAAAGACUGGGCUACGCAUUACCGCUGAACCCACGGCGGUAUGCAUCAGAGAGACUUAUUUUAUUAUGUCUUGUAUCUUUUUAUUUUGUAUCAAGCUUCAAUGCCCGGUAUACAGUAGGGCAAGGAUAUAUUUCCUUUCUUGAUGAUUUGUUCUGCAAUUUUUACCUGGAUUAAGACAUACACAUUGUGGACUACAUUUACACCACAGCUAACAGCAUGAGACAUAGGUCAAGCAUGGGAAAACAAAGUGAAGCGUUGAGGAGCUCGGCAGUGCUGCGAGGUAUACCAUGUUUAAGGCCAGGAUUCUAAAAAAAUCUUACUGCCCUGCCUGAAGAGUGCCUGUCAUUUGUAAAAGAACCCGAUAGACCAACCCAGAUUGUUCUGGAAGGCAUGGCUGUGAUCUUAUUUUUGAGGCCAGUCCUCUGCAGUAGUUGCCGGGGAAGCGAGCGCUAACACUGAAUGUGCCAGCUGACAUAGUUAACGAUCCGACUAGAGUGAUCCGGUUGUCAACCGACCGCAGCAAUUGUGAUCCAACAUUACUUGUUGUCUGUUUCUAUGGAAACUUGAUUUUGCUUGUUUUUCCUUGUCAGUAAUUACAU